AUGAUCCAGAUGGCUGGUCAAGCACAUCCUUAUAAUGCAGAUUUAUCCAAAGAAUCUGAGCAUGCUGCUGAAUUCCAGAUACACAUUCGCCACUCAAGAGAGGAAAAACCUGGUCAUUGUCAUGGUGGACUUUUUUCAGGAAGUUACUGCAAAGAAAUCAAAGAACUGUUUACACUAGCUUGGCCCACCGUGUUAUCUUACUUCUUUUACCACAUGAUUCACAUGAUCAGCUUGUUUUUUGCUGGGCACGUUGGCAAACUAGAAUUGGCUGCUGGAACAUUAGCUUUAUCUUUUAUCAAUGUGACAGGACCUUCGCUGUUUAUUGGCUUGGGUUCAGCAGUAGAGACACUUUGUUCUCAAGCAUUUGGAGCGAGGAACUAUCGCCUUGUUGGUGUAGUGCUGCAAAGAGGAGUUUCCUAAAAUCCUAAUUGAACAUAGAAUCGGACGUCACUAUGGGUUAAUACUGAGUUGCUUUUGUUGCUGGUUCAACAAGAAGAGACUGUUGCAAGGUAUGUUUUAUUUAAAGAAACAGCUGACACUUGGCAACGCCACCGCAAAUUUCCCUUUUGCAAAUGUUCGCUGCCGCCAUUCUUAAGAGUGUUUCUAUUAAGAAGAAAGAAGUUUGCAACCCAGGUUUGAACCUGGACUUUUUGUAUCUAAUCUCUCCCCCUUGCCACUUCACUACCACACCAUAUCGCCAAAAUUCCAUAAAAUUUUUAGUACAUAAACUAGCAAACUGUCUUUCUUAACUGAUACUUCUCGAACUCAUUAAUAAUUUAUAAAAAUUAAUGUUUCACGAGUGUUUGGUGUUCGGAUGAAAAACUGUUCAUUUUUGCAUCUUUGAUUUCUCCUUCUAAAAUCCAUUUGUGUGAGAAGUAAUAUCAAGCAUUCAACAAAGUGUUCCUUCACCAGAUGAAACACCCUGAAGUUCGUUAAAAAUACUCCGCUGCAACGUCAUAUUUUCAACUCUCUUCUAAGUGCUUCAUCUGGUGAUGCAACACUGCAUCUCAUGCUUGAUAUACAGUUUGUAUAACAUCAAUAACAGGUGACUCAAGCCCUUUCCAUAACUUUUAACGUCAAUUCAACUUGGGCUUCAAUGUCAUUCUUUCUAAGACUAUUCAAAAACAUAUCAUUUGCCUUAUUAACCAACCACCCAAUUGUGAUGAAAUAGAUAUUAAGUCCAACUAAGAAAAUACUGGGGACCAGUAUCUGGAAGGUUGUGGCAUUGGGUUUUGAUUCCAGCUGGGGGCUCGGAUUUUUUCCUCAAGCAUUUCUUAGUUGUACUUCAUAUUUGCCCUGUUGUAACUUACAUGUAAUCCAGGGAAUAUAUUGUAUCUAUCAUGACCAAAGGCUUGGUUACCAGUGGUGGCAUCGACCGUUAAAAAUGGCAACCACUGUUUACAGAAGGGAACUGGGUGACGGCAGCAAUAGUCCCCUGCAAAAUGACAUCCAAGGAACGAGUACAGAAAUUCCGUGAUGAUAUAUUACAUCACUUCCCAGUUCCGGGUAGUGCUUCUGACUGAUAGUGGUGAAUUUCCUUCAUGGCACAACCAAAUCAGAAGUACUACCCAGAUCUUGGUGAGAACAUGGUUUUAUUCCCCCAAGCCUCGUUGCCAAGUCUGAAUUUCAAUACAAUGUAUAUCGAAAAUGGUCAAUAAUUAUUGUUGAGUUCAACAUGGCAUCACAUAGUGUGGCAUAAUUUUUUAUUAACACUCAAUUUGUUUUAACUUUUCAUAGGUUGACCCAAGACUUCGUCCUCAUAUGUAUUCCUGCUUUAAUAGUUAGUACACGGACUUCAGUUUUAUUACUAUUAACAGAAGUUUUUUGUAUUUGUUCACUUCAAUAAUAUAUAACUAUAUCUCCUUUGCCAGAAGCCUUUUCUUAGAGGCUUACGUAAUAAAUUAUUACACUGUAUAUAUUAUGACCUAUGAGUUAAAGGACAGAAACUUAAAUCCUUUUAAUUAAUCAUCUUUUUGCUAUUUUUUUCUUUAUUAAAUAAACAGGGGAAUUUUUUGUUUAUCUUGUUACAAAGAUAUCUUCAGACACAGGUGUGUUCAAAGUAAAGUAGAAUAAAUUGAACAAGAUUAUUUUUAAUCUGUAACAAUACUUGUAUACACUGGCAAAUGAUACUAAAGUCAAGGAAAGCCACCUGGGAACUAUUUUAAGUUGUUUUGCAGUGAGAAGUUAUAACAACAUAGACAUAACAUAGGCAUAAUAAUAAUAAUAAUAAUAAUAAUAAUAAUAAUAAUAAUAAUAAUAAUAAUAAUAAUAAUAAUAAUAAUAAUAAUAAUAAUAAUAAUAAUAAUAAUAAUAAUAUAGCCAAAAUUAUAUUUCAGGGCUGUCACAGUCUUAGUAUAGGUAAUAGCAUGAUUUGUAGUGAUAUUUGGCAUAAAUACCACAAGUGAUAUUUCAAAAUUGUUAUAUGUAAUUUCAAGAGCUGUCAGGCGAGUGGAAUCUGAGACAAUUUUGAAAUAUCACGAGUGGUUUUUUUUGCCAAAUAUCACGUACUACCGUUACAAGGUUUGUAAUUUUCACAUGUAGGUAUUUCAAAUUAAGCUGAAAUACCACUGCUCUAAGCCAAUCAAAUUGUAGAAAUUUCUCAUGUAGUAGUAUAACAUAUAUUGCUAAUGCUUUACCAAUAAAAUAGCUUUGGAAGAAACUUCAGAUCAAAUAUUACUAUUAAAAUAUUCCUAUACUAUUACCCGGUGUCUCAUAUUUCUCUUUACCACCCUGCACUAAUGUGUGUAGUCAGAUCUAAUUAUUUUGGAAAGAUAUGUAAGGUUUUUCUAGACUUUAAUAGGUUUUAAUUGCCAAAAAUUGCCCUCAGCUAUUUCAUUAAUUUACUGAUAGAUCAAACAAUUAAGCCAAGCACAAUGAAUAUAAUCAUAAUGAUUAUACAUGUAAUUCCUACAUGUACUGUAGGUGUAGCUUUUUAUUCUAACUUUGGAAUUUUGUUUUUAGGGCAUUGUGAAGCCAAUACUCUAUGUCUGUGCUGUUACUAAUGGGAUACAAAUUGGUCUUAAUGUUCUGAUGGUGUUGGUAUUUAAUCUAGGUUUCAGGUAAACAUAGAUUCAUAGUACGUGUAUUUAAGGUACUUGUACAUGUACUUAAUAUCCUAAUUUUAUAGAUCCUUAGCCGUGUAAAUAAUAACUUUAAUCUUAACAGCCGGACUUGACCUGUAGUUAGGUGUUGUGGGUCAGUUAUUUAAACAAAGUCUGACUUAGACUGUGGUUUUAGAAAUCUUCGGACCUCCAGAUCUCUUCUUUCGUGGGUCAAUUUAAGAAGAGAAAUGCUUUUCUAGUCUACACUAUUAUGCUAUUGCUUUAAUGAAACUGUUCGCGACAAAUGGUGCUUCGAUGAAAGCGCUGGGCAAACUGAAAAUGACUUAGAACACUGGUUAAACUUAGAUAACCAAACCUGUAUAGUGGUUUAUUAAUGUCUCGUUUUAUUGAUUGCUUAGUUAUGAACUGAUACCAGAAACUCAUAAGGGGUUAUGGGUUAUAACCCUUUUAUGAGUUUCUGCUGAUACUUGAUUGUACUCCUCAAAGUAUGACAAGACAGCUCUAGCAGUGUCAUGACUGCAACACUCAGUCAUAACUAUUCAUUGGAAGAAAAAAAAGUCUUGAUCAAAAUGCUUUCUGGCUUUUCCACAGGCAGCCCAAGCUCAUAUUGUGUAAUCCUCAAAAUGGCCAUUUAAGGAUUUGUAUGGUAAUUCAGACACUAGAUUCAAGAAGAUAUUAAAUCUUUGCAGAAAUUUCUGUAUUAAAAAAAACGCUUUACCAUGGUGUGUUCUUGUUUCCUGUGUGGUUAUUUUCCCAAUCCAUUGCUAUUUAAGCGAUUUCCUUUAUCCUGAGUUUCCAUUUAUAAAAAGAGGACAAGGCCAAACACUUGUGAUCUGGACAGCCCGCUGAACAAAGCCAAAAAUUCUUGGUUAAAAUCAUCCCACAGCCAAAAUUCCAUCGCAGAAUCCAACUGCAAAGGUUACUCUGUCAAUUUAGCUCCCUACGCCAAGCAAUCGUGUCCCUGCGAGCAAAAGCCACAUGGCAGUUUUGCUUCCCCGAUAUUUUAACGGUCCAACCCUGGUAGACAUCUAUGUACAAACUCACCAUGACAUGACGACCAUUGAACCUAGGUCACAUUGUCAUUAAAAUGAUUAAACACCCAUACUGAGCUUGGGCUACCUGUGAGAAAACCAGUUUCCAGAAGUAGGUAGUGAAAAGGUGAAUUAUGACAUCAUCGUAGAUGUAAUUUCAAAGUGAUGCCUCUACAGACUAUAAAUUAGUGUUCAAUCAUAAUAAUCAAAGAUUUAGUGACAAUAUUUCUCAUUUACAUUUUACAGGGGAGUGGCCAUUAGCUGGGCUCUAACGGCAUGCAUCUUAACAAGUUUGCUGUUAACUUACAUGAAGGUCUUCAAGCUCCAUACAAAAACUUGGCCAGGUGAAUUUUUUUAUUCAAGGUCCUUACUUUAAAGCUUUGAUCAACAUGUAUUUAAGCAAUAAAAAAUGUUUUCCAAGACAAAAGUCAAGGGUUUUCAUGAAUGUUGAGAGUUAUCCCAACCCCUCAAGUGUUUACAAUAGGCUAUGCAAAUACAGGAAAAAAGUCUUCUAUUGCUUUUAUAUAAAAUUAUAGCCAAAUUCAUUGUAUCGCGCUGCGUGUUUGCAAUACUUUGAAUGGGUUUUUCUGUUCCAUCAAUCAUUUGAGUGGGAGUUAAUGCAAAUCACAAUGCAAUGCACUCGCCUAGCCUAAAUUUCAUCCGAUUACUUCGAGUCGUUAUUACUCCCUCAGUAAUGUCUGAAUCGACCGGCCGUUAAUGCCGUCCAGUGACGUCACUACUCCUUGACCUUUGCUUUAAUUCAUGCAAAAAGUAAAACACAAUUUUCAAGUAGCAAACCGAGAAAUAUCGUUUGGAAAUGUCUGCAUGAUACGGUACUGCUUUAUUUUUUUCGAUUGUAAUUCAUGUUUAACGUUCAAACUAUCAACGUAAACUGCAUGCAGUACAACUCCGAACCAGGUGUACUAAAUUCUAUAAACAAACUCAGUCGCAAUCACGGAAUGAAAUUAACACACACACGGAUCACAGUUCAAAAACACAAUGAUUUGCUUUAAUUGAAAAAAAGCUAUUUGGUCCUUUAGCGAAGAAAAAAAACAUGGAGACAAGAAAGAAAAGCUAACAGAAUCAUUACACUUGACGGUAAAAAUAGCAAGAAGGUCGAGUAACUGAAUUCAUAACAUUGACGAAAACUUCGCAUAAACAAAAUCACCGGCCGGCGAAACCACAAAGCGGCUCUAAAUGAAAAACCUACCGACUCUCUGCAAUGAUUCUUCAUUCGCAGUUCAAUUUAGCAUUUCAGUUUCGAGGACAAGGGCAAUUUUGCCGUUUAAUAUAAAGAUUAAGCUUAUCGAAAGGUUUGAACUAAACGAAAGAAUGCCGGGGAUGCGAUCCGCUGAAUAUCAAGCGACAAUCCUGCUAAAAUUUUUCAUAAUUAUACAUAAUUAUGCGAAUGUUUAGACAAUCAACCAAUCAAAAUCACUACCCGGUUUUCGGGUAGUGAGUGACGUCACUGGACGGCAUUUACGGCCGGUCGAUUCAGACAUUCAGGCUAUGUACUCACCCAGCUUGGCCCGUAAAAACAAAAUUGAGAAUGACCCUAAACUGCUCAAGAAUAGCGAAGGAAAUCGCAAUCAUGAGUGGAAUUUUUGUUGAGGGCAGGAGGCAGACAUUGCUCUAUUCUUGCAGGAGACAAGAAUAGGAAAGAUCAUAAAAAGCUUUGAAGAAAAAUAGCCCAUCAUUGCCCGAGACAGUUCAAUCACAAGCAGUGAAACUUGAAACACAGAAACAAACAAAGUGGAUCAAAAUGCAGUAAUCACAAGGAAACAUUUGUUUCCAAAGAGGUCCGCUAAGAUGAUUGAUGGAACAGAAAAACCCCAAUUUCCUUUGAAGUUUGCAAAACAUGCAGUGCGACACAAUGAAUUUGGCUAUAACUUCCUAAAGAAAGAUCGCAGAACUCUUUGUUAUGGCACUGAUUAAAAGAGAAAUUCUUACAAGUUGCAAAGUUUUUUUCACGAAGUCUUGCAUACGUAUUAAUAGUUGUUAUUUUAGUGAUGAUAGUUUUCCUCUUAAAUCACUCAUUCUUAAAAUGUCAGCUUAAGUGAAAAAAAAUUGCAACAGCAGGUUUGUAAAGAUUUUCCAAGUCUCAGCCGAUGGCGAAAUGGGUAAAUAUUAAUAGUAAACUUGUUGUGUUUUCAACUCAAAAACUUUUUUCAAAUUCAUCCUUACUUGAUUAGCACGACUGAAAAGAAAAACAUCUUAAUGUUAUAAUUACCAUGUUCACAUUCCCUCAUGCAAACAUGCCUCUCUGCCAAUCAGAGCGCGCAUACUAUCGUAGUUAUUUUGUAAAUUACAUUAUAAUGCAUUUUUAAUACUGGUGUUAAUUAUUUACCCAAUGAUUUUAUUGCCAUCUGUGGCUUGCUAUCCUCUGUUUUGCAUUUAAAACUGAUGGCAUUUUAGGACUUUUUUAAUCUGAUAUCCAUUUUGGCAGAUUCAUACUCUUACCAGUAUUUUUUUGUCAUGACAUAGUUUAGACUGUCUUCAAUUAACUUAUAUGACACUACUCCACUAUGGGACACACAUGUACAUGUACUAUAGUAUUACUCCUGUUGGUGCCUUAUUCUAUGGAAAAUGGAAUAAACUCUAGUGGGGUGGGCCACGUUGGCUUGUAGUGCACGGGCUUAUUUACCUAAAGUUUUGCCUAAGUCUGCGUUAGGGUCUGAAAGUAUUAAUUUUUUUGAAGUCUAUGUAGGUUGUCUAUUGGACAGCCAUCUUUCCUUUAUUAGGCAUUCAAAGUGAAAUCCAAUCACAGAACAAUACAAGCCCAUUUCAGACCCUGCAGUGCAUGGUCAUGAAAAAAUGAUGUUUAUUUAAUACAGCUGUUGAUUUUCUGCUAUUUAGGUUGGACAAUAGAAAGCUUGUUGAACUGGUCACAAUUUAUUAAACUUGCGGUGUCAGGAAUGGCCAUGAUCUGUAUUGAAUGGUGGAGCUUUGAAAUUGGAGCAUUUUUAACAGGUACAGUGUAUACUACUCUCAAUGCUAUAUUGCUGAUCAAUGCAUGCAGUUUAUAACACACUUGAUUGGUUGUACGUUGAAUUAAAAAUACCACUGAAGAUUGCUAUUAUAUUUUUCUAAAUCUUAUUGUAGAAGGUGAAAUACACACGUAGCAUACUUGUACAUGUAUACAUUUUAUCUUGUUUUGUUUUCAUAGUUCGAGAUACAAUAAAUAAAAUCACACCCACAGUUAGCUAUGCAGGCGGGUCAUAUAUUCAGGAAAUAAAUACAACAGUGUACAAUGAAACUAUUACAAAUAUAAGCGUGCAUAGAAAAGUAGAUAGUAAUUUAUUAGAAGCUAGGAAACGAUUUGUUAGAUAUCUUAUUCAAUGCAUGACCUUAUAGUGACCACAGACCUAAGUAACCUGAUAUUGAUGCAUUAACUGACUAUGAGUACU